AUGAAGGCCCAAUCUCUCUUCACAUAUCCUCUUGCAACCAUCACCCUCAUCUUCGCCUGUUCGGCCGAGUCCCGCCCCUUUGACAGCAUCGUGCAGUCGCUCCACGCCAUCACCGCGCAGUCGCCGCUUCGAGACUACAUCAUGAGCAAACCAGAGGGCCAGGUCUCUACGGGCGUCAUCAUAUCCGAUGUCAUCGGCAAGACACAGGAAAUCGCCAUUUUCAGCGGCCUGACCAGGGACAUCGACUCGGUGUCUGGGCGGCUCGACGACGCAGCCCAGAACGCCACGGUCCUCGCGCCUCACAACAGCGUCAUGCGCGACUUGAAGCGCAAGCCCUGGGAAGACGCAGACGACUACAAGACGCUCGGCGACAACGCGUACGCCGGCGCCAGCGGAGAAGACCGCGCCCGCACCAACCUCGAGCGCUUCGUUCAGCGCCACAUUGUACCCGAGAGUCCCUGGGAAGAGGGCAAGAAAGUCAAGACGCUUGCCGGCAACGAGGUCUGGUGGGAGUCCAAGGACGGUCAGAAAAAGAUCCAGCCUGCGAACAUCGAAGUUACCAGUAUCGCCGAUAAGGUCUCCAACGGUGAGGUCUGGGUACUUGGAGGAUCGCUUGUCUAG